AUGCCAAGAAAACGCAAAGGGGCUAAUUUGAGCCGCAGUACAAGUAAAGCUCGAAACUUGCGAAAUAGCAGAUCCGAAAGAACAGAAGAACAAAUCCAGCAACAAAAUACUGAUGCACGUGUCAGAAUGGCGCAAUUGCAUCAAGAAGAUCCAGAAGAUACACGAGCUGAACGCAAUGAAGUCAGAAGAUUAGAACAACGACAAUCAUGCCGUUUCACAGUCAGUAGACGAAGAACAAAUGACCAACAACGACAACAGGAAUGUCCGCAUUGUCAUGCUCUGAAAUUCAAAAAUGAGCCAGCUGGGAUCUGUUGCGCGUCAGGAAAAGUGCAACUACCUGAAAUUGAAACACCACCUGAACCAUUGAACGGCUUACUUAUCGGCACGGAUCCAGAUUCUAACGUGUUCCUGAAGGGCAUCGUCAACGAGCUAGAUGCUUUUUUGAACGAGCACAACGAGUUGUUGAAAAUAUUCAAAUCACAUAUGCACCAAUUACAAAGCGAUAUUCACGCUAUCGUCAUUAAUCCUGAUAAAACACCAGCUGGAGAGCAUAUUCGUAGAUUCAAUGCACCCGUUGUUGAUGAUGUUGCUGGAAUCAUGGUUGGCGAUUGUACAGCUGCAUGA